AAGCAUCAUCACUUUUAUUCUCCUCUCUAUUAUUCUCUAAAUCAGAAAAGGUUUCCAAGGAAGAGAGAAACGUAGAGAGAAAUGUCGGUGACAUCCACGGUGGAGGAGAACCACCGUAAAAAGCCUUAUUCGUCGGAGAAAGAGGCGGAGAAGAGGAGACAGAGAUGGGUGUUUUGGGGGAGAAAGUGGAGGAGAUUAGAUUACGUCAAACUAACAGCUUCACUGUUUGUGCAUUCAAUGGCUCUCUUGGCGCCGUUUUAUUUCAGCUGGUCGGCUCUUUGGGUAACGUUUUUGUUCUAUACGAUUGGUGGUCUUGGUAUUACGGUGUCGUAUCACCGGAACUUGGCUCACCGGAGUUUCAAAGUCCCUAAAUGGCUUGAGUAUCUCUUAGCCUAUUGUGCCCUUCUCGCCAUUCAGGGAGAUCCGAUCGAUUGGGUGAGUACUCAUCGAUAUCAUCACCAGUUUACAGAUUCAGAAAGAGAUCCACAUAGUCCUAAAGAAGGCUUUUGGUUUAGUCAUCUUCUGUGGAUUUAUGAUUCUGCAUAUCUUGUUUCAAAGUGUGGAAGAAGAACAAACGUGGAGGAUUUGAAGAAGCAAUGGUUCUAUAGGUUCCUUCAAAAAACGGUGAUGUUUCAUAUUCUAGGACUUGGUCUCAUUCUCUACUAUCUUGGUGGCAUGUCCUUCGUUACUUGGGGAAUGGGUGUAGGAGCAGCAUUGGAGGUGCACGUGACUUGCUUCAUCAACUCCAUCUGCCACAUUUGGGGCACUCGGACAUGGAAAACCAAUGACACUUCUCGUAAUGUUUGGUGGCUAUCUGUGUUUUCAUUUGGAGAAAGUUGGCACAACAACCACCAUGCGUUCGAGUCGUCGGCGAGGCAAGGACUUGAAUGGUGGCAAAUAGACAUCUCUUGGUACAUUGUUCGGUCACUUGAGAUUGUUGGGUUAGCAUAUGAUGUGAAACUCCCGACGGAAUCUCAAAGACGUAGGAUGGCUAUUGUCCGUUGAAGAAAAGAAGGAUUUAUUCUAUGUAAAAUUAGAAUAUCUAGUCCUAGAAAAGAGUUUAUUGUUUUACUUUUGAAGUUUUGGGUAAAUGCAAUGUGAACGUUUUCGAUGUAUUGAUGUUGGACUAAAUUUAUUUAAGAUAUUUGUGGUAA